UCCUGCCGACGUGGCGGGGCGGAAGAGCCGCUGGCUGGCACCAAACGGAUCAUCAUGUCUCAGGCUGCCUCCUCUGAUGCUGACCCCUCCACAGACCCCACCCCUCCACCUGUUCAGCCCCCCGACCCUGUUCCCAGCCUCGGUCAGGAUGUACCAGCAGCCGGUACACCCCCAGCAGAUCCACUGCAGCCUCUUUUCUCCCCUGAGAGUUUUGAUCAGUCCAAAGAGCAGUCGACCACAGAGAACACCACCACCUCUGAGACAUUAGAGGGUCAGGCUGACCAACCAGAGUCUCCUGCAGAGAGUCAGAUGACUGAAUGUGACCAACCAGUGAGCCUGGAGCCAGACACAGAGGCUGCAGAGGAAGAUGUGGAGAAGUCCCUCCUGGACAAAGAAAAAGGUUGGGGAGCUUGGAGUUCAUGGGGAAAAUCUCUUCUGACCACUGCCACCUCCACAGUGGGUCAAAGCCUGACCUCAGUAAAGGUGAAGGCAGGAGAGGCACUUCGUCUCCACAGAACCUCAGUUGGAGAGGAGGCACAGGAAGAGGAGGAGGGAGCGGAGGAGAAGACAGAAGGAGGAAUCGAAAGCAGAGAGAUUGACCUGUCCAACUCCGGGGAGUCGUCUUCUCCUACUGCAGCCACAGCUUCUAGCAGGGGCGUUUUCUCUACAAUCACACAUGCCGUACAAAACACUGGUAAGUCAGUGAUCAGUGGAGGCUUGGAUGCCUUGGAGUUCAUUGGAAAGAAGACCAUGACUGUUCUUGCAGAGAGUGACCCGGGUUUUAAAAAGACCAAAACUCUGAUGCAAAAGACCGCGUCACUUAGUCAGAUGUUGAAGGAAGCCAAGGAGAAGGAGCGGGCCCGUCUGAGUAACCAGCCUAUCAGUGCUCCCACAGCUCACUACGGUAUUCUUUUUGAUGACUACCAGGGCUUGUCACACCUGGAGGCCCUGGAGAUUCUGUCCAAUGAGAGUGAAGCAAAGGUUCAAGCCUUCCUCUCCUCCCUGACCGAAGAGGAGCAGGAGGAGGUGAAGAAGGAGCUGAUUUACAUCAAGGAGAUUUUCAUCAAGCAAGAGGAAGAGGAGGAUGUGGAGACAGAAGGAGGAGGACAGACGAAGGAUAACGCUGCUGAUGGCGAGGAGUUUGUGAGUGUUCUCACCGAGCUGCUCUUUGAACUUCAUGUUGCCGCCACGCCGGACAAACUCAACAAGGCUCGAAUGAGGGCCCAUGAUUGGGUGAGCAAGGUGGAACAACCUGUCACUACAGAGACAGUUGGCAGGGAAACGCAGGACCAGCCAGGAGGAGAGGAGAACAAAAAGGAAGAGAAGAAGAAAGACGGAGAAGAGCUGGGGGAGAAGAAGGGCGAGGAGGAGGAGAUGAAGGGAGGAGAAGAGGCAAAGGAGAGCGACCCCAUAUCUGUAGAGGCCAUCUACCUGUCAUCGGUCAGCAGUCUGGCAGAAGUGACGGCUCGCAGCAUCGAGCAGCUCCACAAGGUGGCGGAGCUCAUCCUCCACGGCCAGGAGCAAGAGAAACCAGCCAGAGACCAGGCACACGUCCUCACCAGGUUGACAUGUGCCAUGUGUAAGGAGGUGGAGUGUUUGGCCAAGAAGUUCUCUGAUACGCUGCUCGAUGUUGGGGGCCAGAGGAAAGCAGAAGAGCUGAACCCACUGGUAGAGAGUGUGCUGCUAGAGGGCUCCAACAGCACCAACUACAUCCAGAAUGCAUUUCAGCUGCUGCUGCCCAUCCUGCAGAUCUCCCACAUCCAGAGCCAACACUGCCGACUCGCCACAGAGGCCGCAGCACAGAUUCAGCAUUAACACUGCCUGUGCAACUGCCUGCCAGUGUGUCUAUUGUUGUACAGUAAAGUAUAGAGAAUAGAGUUACCAGAACAAGUGCUUUAAUCUACACUAAGUGCCAAAUAGUAACAGAACACAGAGAAUAUCAUCAGGAAGAUACCAGCUUAACUGACACACGUAGUGGUAGCUCGCAUACGCUUUGUUUGUGUGUUUGUGCCACGUUGUGUCUCUGAAUGUUACUUUGCCUGUUUUGCCGUUGAUGUUUUGCUUUAAGAAACCAAAAUGACGUCCACGCCUCAAGACCAAAAACCAGAAUAUUACUGAUUGUACUGAUCAAACUCUACAUUAUUGUACAUUGAGCUUUCUUUGCACAACAGGAAAAACAUAGACUAACACUAGUAGAGUGUCUGUUGUGUUGACUGUUUAAUUGCAGGUUAAGAUAAAAUACCAGCGUCAGUGAUUAUAUAUAGUAAUAUCAUACUUAUUUUGUUUUCUGUGUUAAAUUAUAUGAAACAACACUACCUUGUGUUUUAUUUCCAUCUUUUGUUGUGAACAUUACUAAUGUGAUGUCGGUUAAUUAAUUUCUGUUCGCGUCUUGUUGUUGGACUGAAUUAGAUGAGCGAUACCACUCUCUACACUAAAAGUGAAACCACAGCCUUUUGAAGGGAAUCGGCUAGUUUGGCUGCACCAAAACCAAACAGUGUGAAAUACAGCAACAAAAUAACAAUAAAACAUUUAAUUACCCCAGUAAAACAAAAACUGUCUGUUUUGGGGGAGUUUAUUAAUUCAAACCUGCAAUAACUGAUUUUAGAGACAUUUUUUGUGGAAGCAAAUAGUGAACACUUGUGUUAUGUAUCACCUUUUAAACACUAUCAUUCAUUUAGUGAAUUUUGACUCUCUUUAAACUCUGAUUUUGGCUUUUGCUAAAUCCUAAAGGGGACAUUGAGCUCUUUAGCCGGAAUUACUCCAUCAUGUGCAUCUGUUUGUUGCUAAACAAUGAGCUAACUCAUUGUUCACUCACUUUAAAGGUUAUUGAAACACGAUAGGUAGAUGUGGAUUGUAUAACUCGCACACAGCAAUCUUUGCUGAAACGGAGUGUAACUUCUGAUUCUUUGGUUAUAAAUAUGCAUUAAAACUGCCUCACUCUGCAAAACUGUUGGUAUAAGAGUCAAUUUAUCUCAAAUUAUUGUGGGCCA